UCUCAGUAUCGAAAACGACUUACUGUCUUGAUGGAGUGCGACGCUAACGGAGUCGUGACGGAUCCGUUAGGGUGGGCGGCGGCGGCGGCGGCGGCUGCGGAGAGUGGGAGCCACCUGGAGGAGGUGAAGCGAAUGGUCGAGGAGUUCCGUGCGCCGGCGGUGACGCUGAAAGGAGUGGAAUUGAAGAUAUCGCAGGUGGCGGCGGUGGCGAUGGCGAAGGCGGUGGCGCCGGGGGUGAGGGUGGAGUUGGCGGAGGCGGCGAGAGGCGGAGUGGAGGCGAGCAGCGAGUGGGUGAUGGAGAGCAUGGCCCGGGGGACGGAUAGUUAUGGGGUCACCACCGGGUUCGGCGCGACCUCGCACCGGAGGACCAAGCAAGGCGGCGCGCUGCAGAAGGAGCUUAUCAGAUUCCUCAAUGCCGGAAUCUUCGGUUCGGGCCCGAAGUCCGAGCAAACUUUGCCGGCCUCAGCCACGCGGGCGGCGAUGCUGGUCAGGAUCAACACACUCCUGCAGGGCUACUCCGGGAUCCGCUUCGAGAUCCUCGAGGCGAUCGCCGCCUUCCUUAACUCCCACAUCACCCCCUGCCUCCCCCUCCGCGGCACCAUCACCGCCUCCGGCGACCUCGUCCCCCUAUCCUACAUUGCCGGCCUCCUCACCGGCCGGCCCAAUUCUAUCGCCGUCGGCCCCGACGGCCGAUCACUCGACGCCUCCGAGGCCUUCCGCCUGGCGGGCAUCAUGCAGGGCUUCUUCGAUCUGCAGCCGAAGGAAGGCCUCGCACUCGUGAACGGCACGGCUGUCGGCUCUGGCCUGGCCUCGAUCGUGCUUUACGAAGCCAACAUCCUCGCCGUCCUGUCGGAGGUGCUUUCGGCGAUAUUCUGCGAAGUGAUGCAGGGUAAGCCGGAGUUCACCGACCAUCUGACUCACAAGCUGAAGCACCACCCGGGCCAGAUCGAGGCUGCCGCGAUCAUGGAGCACAUUCUUGACGGCAGCUCGUACAUGAAGGCUGCGAAGAAGCUCCAUGAGCUCGACCCGCUCCAGAAGCCAAAGCAGGACCGCUACGCCCUCCGCACGUCGCCGCAGUGGCUCGGGCCCCAGAUUGAGGUCAUUCGGGCUGCCACCAAGUCGAUCGAGAGGGAGAUCAAUUCGGUGAACGACAACCCCCUCAUCGAUGUCUCGCGGAACAAAGCGUUGCACGGAGGGAACUUCCAAGGGACGCCAAUCGGCGUUUCGAUGGACAACACCCGCCUGGCGAUAGCCGCGAUCGGAAAAUUGAUGUUCGCGCAGUUUUCGGAGCUCGUCAAUGAUUUCUACAACAAUGGUUUGCCUUCGAACCUCUCCGGCGGGCGAAACCCGAGCUUGGAUUACGGGUUCAAGGGAGCGGAGAUCGCGAUGGCGGCAUACUGUUCGGAGCUCCAGUUUCUUGCAAACCCGGUGACAAACCACGUCCAGAGCGCGGAGCAGCACAACCAGGACGUGAACUCGCUCGGCUUGAUCUCUUCGCGCAAGACCGCGGAGGCAGUGGAGAUCCUGAAGCUCAUGUCGUCGACCUACCUGAUCGCGCUGUGCCAGGCGAUCGACCUAAGGCAUUUGGAGGAGAAUCUGAUGCACGCGGUGAAAAAUGCAGUGAGCCAGGUCGCGAAGAGGGUCCUGACGAUGGACACCGCAGGCGAGCUCCACCCUGCGAGGUUCUGCGUAAAGGAUCUGAUCAAAGUUGUCGACUGUGAAGCGGCUUUCAGCUAUGCUGAUGAUCCGUGCAGCCCGUCUUACCUGUUGAUGCAGAAACUCCGCCAGGUGCUCGUCGAGCACGCGCUCAAGAACGGCGAGAAGGAGAAGAAUUCGAACUCUUCAAUCUUCCAGAAGAUCACCGCCUUCGAGGAGGAGCUGAAGGCGAAUUUGCCGAAGGAAGUGGACGCUGCAAGGGUUGCAUUUGAGACGGGGAGUUCAGCGAUUCCGAAUAGGGUUAAGGAAUGCCGGUCGUAUCCGCUCUACAGGUUCAUAAGAGAGGAGCUCGGGACGGAGUACCUGACCGGCGAGAGGGUGCGGUCGCCAGGCGAGGAGUGCGAUAAGGUUUUCGCGGCGAUCAACGGCGGGUUGUUGAUUGAUCCUCUUCUUGAGUGCUUGAAGGAUUGGGAUGGUGCUCCCCUCCCCAUAUGCUAGAGAGACAAAGCCCAAGUAUGAAUCAGUAAAAAGAGGCAAUAGCUAUGGUGGAUUUUAAUUACUUUUUUUUUUUUGGUAUUUUGGGGAUGUAUUCUAAUGACUUAUGUAAUUCAAGUUCAAGGGCAAAUGAAGUACAUAACCAGAUGGCUUGUCGAAUUUA